CUGGUUCAAUAAUAAAUGGAAUAAGGAUGGGUACUAACGAAACUUACGGAAGCACAGUAACCUACGUCUGUAACACUGGAUAUAACCUGCUGGGUGCUGCAAGUGUCACAUGCCAAUCUGAUGGCACAUGGUCACAGAGCGCCCCUGUUUGCCAAGUUGUUAAUUGUGGGAUAGUUUCUGUAGGAGAAGGGGUAUUCGUAAAUGGCGGUAUUUUCACUUACAAUGCUGUCCUAAUGUUCACAUGUGACAGAGGAUACAAUAAAAUAUCAGGCGAUACCACUAGAACAUGUCAGGCUGACGGCAACUGGUCUGGAAAUGACUUGGUAUGCGAAA